AUGGUAGCAUCCCAAAAUAACUAUCACCUGGGACACCUGAUUUUAGAUCAAUUACGGAAACGUCCCGAUGCAAUUUGUCAAAUAGACGCGGCUACAGGCAAGUCGGAGACGAACGCGUCGGUGCUGUCGCGCGCGGUGCGGCUGGCGCGCUGCCUGCGCCGGCUGGGCGCGCAACCCGGAGACCUGCUGGCGCUGCACGGCCGCAACCACCUCGACCUGCUCAUACCCUUCUACGCUGCACUCUUCAAUGGCUUGACUGUGUGUGGAGUAGACCCGGCGUAUAGGCUCGAUGAAAUCAAACAAUUAUUUAUAAAGAUAAAGCCUAAAAUAGUUUUCUGCCAGUCCGAAAUAUUCUUGGAGGCAGUUCGAGAGCUGAGUUUGGACACUAAAGUCGUAACUUUUUAUGAUGGGCAGCAUUCCAUGGAGAACUUCAUUAGGGAGUAUCAUCAAGACAAUAAUAGCCAUUCUGUUGAUGAGUUUACGCCCGCAGUAUUCGAUACGGACAAAAUAUACGCUUUU